AUGAGACCCGGUAGCACUGCAAGCGCAGUCAUUGCGUCUUGGGUCCUCUCGCGAUACUGGCCCCUUGCGCAGUGCUCUCACCGCAGUGCAUUGCCAGUUCCUACACAAGCAGUUCAACCGCUUAACCGGCCAAAUCUGGCAUUGAUAGACGCUUUAAGAGUCCACUGCAAUGAAGUCGAGCUCGAUGGAGCAUCUUCCUGCCUCAAUGCCCUCAAGGACGACGGUAGUGUUGAAGGAACAAGUGUCUCCAACUUAGAGGGUCCUCUCUUGGACUCAAGGGACAAUAACUCAUUGGUCUCCAUGAUGGAGACACGCUUUUCACCAACAGAUGAGUCUUCUUUGGUCUUAUACCACAAUAUUCUUAGAGAAACGACCAACGGACUGGUCAAGCCGAGCUUUAGCUAUUCCCAGACGCACACAUCACUACGGUCUCUGGCAGUCACCAACAUCAUCGUAGGGAGCCUGCUCCCUGACCUGAAGACGAGGCGAAAAUUCAUGAGAAGGCUCGACAAAGUCAUCGAAAAGGCGGCCCCGAAGAGCAAACCCCAGGAACGAGCCGAGCUCAACAGCGUGCUUAAAGUAUUAAAGCAUUUCUCAGGAGCUUCCCUUAAACAACUCCGAGUCGACCAUGGCUUUAUGAUGAUGACUGAGCACUUGGUUUUCAGCGUAAGAGAAGGGAAACGUAUUCCACCCCUCUUUGAACAGCUGUACAACUUUGCGAAGACUAAGGUUCUUAAAGGCGUAAGGGCUGUCUUUAAGCACGCACAGCUUUUUCGGCUUAGAAACGACCCUCAUGGAUCCACUCUUUUGAAGAGCUCCUUCAGCAGUAGAUAUCUGGCAAUGCUUACCAAGCUCUGGCAGCUCGACUCAGUCGGUGUGGAAGCCCUUGAUGUAACUGUCUCACAAACGACGUUUUCAAGCGAGGUAUUCUCUGUCGGAUUUAUGAACGGAGUAAUCGACUUCGCCAAGGAGUAUUCAUCGUUAGUGGAAGAGGACUACCUCCCGGGCUACGAAGAAGAAACGACGAAAUGCUACGAACAAGACAAGCUGCUUGCAAAGACCAAAAUUAUCUGCGAAGGAGCCUUCCGACGCAUGGAAGUUUUUUUGGCUAGGUCUACAGAAGUCCUGAAUUUCAUAAGCUGGAUGUCACUCCGAGACCACAUUACAGAUUUGCUGCUUAUGGUAUACAACACAGCUAAAGUUUCGCUUGAAGCGCAAACACGGCAAGGUGGACACAUUACUAUUGAAACACUGAGAGCCAAAUUCGGCAAAGAUAGCUUGAAGCAAUCACUGGCACAGAAUAUCUUAAUCAAGCCACGGAUGCAAAGAGACGUCCACAAUAUCACUGCGGGAGUGGCAGGCAUUGUUGCCUUCUUUCAGCUGCGCAAGCUUCACCAGUGGAAACCGAGGCCGGUAGAUCGAACAAGAAGAGCCAACGGAUCCUCCUCUGGAACUGCUUCUGAGCAAACUAGCACUGAAGGCAAGCCUGAAGACUUGUCCUUAGUAGGACAGAGACUAGAAGCCUUCACUGAUGUGGAUAUGCCUCCUGAAUUGGAAAGGGCAGCUCCGGAGUUCAAAAACGCAAACGACACUACUGUGACAUCCACAGAGGCUACUUUGUUGGAAAUGUAUUCGAAAAAGAGGGACAUGUUGAUGAUGUCCCUCUUACGGAGGUCUGUGGGAAAGCUUGUUAAGGCGUUCAGUAGUAUUUUUGGAAGGCUACAAAAGAUGUUUCGGGCCACUGUAGGCCGUGGUAGAGUCCAUUUGUGCAGGCGAUCUGACCGACAACCAUGCUUCAACGCAGACGAAGCGACGAAGUCGAGAUUUGCUGUUUUGCAGUUUAUUUUGGCAGCCCACCUGGGUGUGCACGUUGGACCAAACGAGAAACUUGGGGAAUCGCUGCAAGAACUGAAGAAAGAUUUCAUGGCAUUCUUUAAGGACUCAGCAUGGUUUCGCUACCGUACUCGAACCCUCAAAGUUUUUCAACGGAGAACCCGGUGGGGUCUUGACAUCUUGAUUGACUAUAUAUUUCCAGAGCAGAAAGGUCAGGGAAAAAAGGGCAAUCCCAUUUCGAAAGAAGCCCUAUCUCUUAUUGAACAAGCAGGUACUGCUUUCGCAGAUUAUGUAGCCAUUCACUCCACGAUCAUAUAUACCCUUUCACGCACUUCCGUUGAUUCACGGCAUUGA